AUGAAUAAGAUCCGGUCUCUCCGCUGCCUCCUCCCGGAGACCAUAACCUCCGCCGCAUCUAAUCGAGGAUCUGACACCGGAAUCGGUAGCCAAGUCAGCUUCCUCCUAUGGCGGCAUCAGAUCCUAGACCCAGACAGCAACAUCGUCACGUAUUGGAACCACGUCUUCCUAAUCACCUCAAUCCUCGCUCUCUUCCUCGAUCCUUUCUAUUUCUACGUUCCUUACGUCGGUGGUCCGGCGUGUCUCUCCGUCGACGUCGGCCUCGCCGCUUUCGUCACCUUCUUCCGUACAGUCGCCGAUCUCUUCCACCUCUUGCACAUCCUCAUGAAAUUCAGAACCGCUUUCGUCGCUCGGAGCUCUCGGGUUUUCGGUCGCGGUGAGCUUGUAAUGGAUUCUAAAGAGAUAGCUAAGAGGUACUUGAGGACCGAUUUCUUCAUUGAUGUGGCUGCUAUGCUUCCCCUUCCUCAGCUUGUAAUUUGGCUUGUAAUUCCAAACGCCACAAACGGGACAGCGAAUCAUGCGAAUAGCACUCUCGCACUUAUCGUUCUUGUUCAAUACAUUCCAAGAUCAUUCAUCAUAUUCCCUCUCAAUCAAAGGAUUAUCAAAACAACCGGGUUUAUCGCCAAGACUGCUUGGGCAGGAGCUGCAUAUAACCUCCUCCUAUACAUCCUCGCUAGCCAUGUGUUAGGAGCACUGUGGUAUUUAUCAUCAAUUGGACGACAGUUCUCGUGCUGGUCCAAUGUAUGCAAGAAAGAUAACGCCUUGAGAGUUUUAGAUUGUCUUCCUAGCUUCUUGGAUUGCAAGAGUCUGCAGCAACCUGAGCGACAGUAUUGGCAGAAUGUUACUCAGGUCCUUUCGCAUUGCGAUGCUACGAGCAGCACUACCAAUUUCAAGUUUGGGAUGUUUGCUGAAGCCUUUACCACUCAAGUUGCUACAACAGAUUUCGUGUCCAAGUACUUAUAUUGUCUUUGGUGGGGUUUAAGAAAUCUAAGUUCUUAUGGUCAGAAUAUAACCACAAGUGUAUAUCUUGGUGAGACCUUGUUCUGUAUUACAAUCUGUAUCUUUGGGUUGAUUCUCUUCACACUCCUAAUCGGUAACAUGCAGUCUUCUCUACAAUCGAUGUCUGUAAGAGUUGAGGAAUGGAGAGUUAAGCGAAGAGACACUGAAGAAUGGAUGAGACAUCGUCAACUACCUCCAGAACUUCAAGAACGUGUCCGUAGAUUCGUUCAAUACAAAUGGCUUGCAACCCGCGGCGUCGAUGAAGAAUCAAUCCUCCAUUCUUUACCUACAGACUUACGCCGUGAAAUCCAACGCCAUCUCUGUCUCGCCCUUGUCCGCCGGGUCCCGUUCUUCUCUCAAAUGGAUGAUCAACUUCUUGAUGCUAUAUGUGGAUGCCUUGUCUCGUCUUUAAGCACAGCCGGGACCUACAUAUUCCGUGAGGGCGAUCCAGUGAAUGAGAUGCUCUUUGUGAUCCGAGGACAAAUAGAGAGCUCAACAACAAAUGGAGGAAGAUCUGGUUUCUUCAACUCCACUACACUAAGACCAGGCGAUUUCUGCGGCGAAGAACUUCUUACAUGGGCCUUAAUGCCAAACUCUACACUCAAUCUUCCGUCUUCAACCCGAAGCGUACGUGCUCUCUCUGAAGUGGAAGCCUUUGCCUUAAGCGCGGAGGACCUUAAGUUUGUUGCUCAUCAGUUCAAACGUCUUCAAAGCAAAAAACUGCAACACGCUUUCAGGUAUUACUCGCAUCAGUGGCGAGCAUGGGGAGCGUGUUUCGUCCAAUCAGCAUGGAGAAGAUUCAAGCGAAGAAAGCUCGCGAAAGAGCUCAGCUUGCGCGAAAGCAGCGGAUACUAUUACACGGAUGAAACAGGUUACAACGAAGAAGAUGAAGAGACCAGAGAAUAUUACUACGGAAGCGAUGACGAUGAUUUCGAAGGCGAUAGAUUAUCAGAGGACAACACAAACAACAACCAAAAUCUGGGAGCAACCAUCUUGGCAUCUAAAUUCGCGGCAAACACGAGAAGAGGCACAAAUCAAAAGGCUUCAAGUAGUAGUGCUGGUAAGAAAGAUGGAUCUUCAAGCAGUUUGAAAAUGCCUCAACUAUUCAAACCAGAUGAGCCUGAUUUCUCAAUAGACAAAGAAGAUGUUUAA